UCACACCGCACUGAUCAAGAGGAAACAGCAAUAAUCACUCACAGAUGCUCAUGACUGGAUCAGGCGUGACUGAGGAUUUAUUGUGCCUAUCACAUUCUUUCCAGCCUGUCAUCUGAGCUGCACUUUAGACUCCUGUGUUUUCAGGAAGGGAUUUAUCUCCCAGCUCCACACGCCCGGUUCUCUUUCCUCCUUCCAGCCUGACACAGCAACAGGGUCCACUGCUGCUCCAGCCUUAACAGGGGAUUCCUUUGAAAGAACAACGAGGACUGACAGCUUAAUCACCAUGACUCUGAAGUCCAACAAGAGUGAGCCCCUUGGACCCUUUGCUGCCUUCGAGAGUAUCAAUAGUUGCCGGACCCCACUGUCUGAUCUGUAUCUGGAGCAGCUACUGCAGAGCAAAGGCAAGCCUGAGUUCUUUGAGAAGAUCGACAUUACAAUGGCCUCAAACAUCAGCUACAUUCUGAGUAAUGGAGUACACAAUAAAGAGGGAUACAUGUUAACCAGCCCUGGUGCUGCCCAGGAAGUCUACAGCAAUGGCAGUACCAACUCUUCCCCUUACAUGAAUGGUAACAGUAAAGAACACGAGACACAGAACAUGAAGAAAAUCCAAAUGAUCACCUUCCAGAAAAGUACAAAUGAACCCAUGGGAAUUACUCUGAAACUGAAUGACAAGGGGCGCUGUGUCAUUGGAAGGAUUCUACAUGGAGGGAUGAUCCAUAGACAAGGCACACUCCAUGUUGGUGAUGAAAUUCUAGAAAUAAAUGGUAAAAGUGCUGCAAAUCAAACAGUGGAACAACUGCAGUUGCUGCUGAAGGAAAUGAUGGGAACUGUCACCUUACAGGUUCAGUCCAGCUAUCAUAGCAACUCUCUGUCCUUCGAGAUGUACAUGAGAGCUCAGUUUGAUUAUGAUCCAAAGAAGGAUGAUCUGAUCCCCUGCAAGGAAGCUGGAUUAAGAUUUGAGACUGGUGACAUCAUCAAGAUCAUCAGUAAGGAUGAUCCUAACUGGUGGCAAGGCACUCUGGAAAAUACAGGCAAAACAACUGGACUAAUUCCCUCACCUGAACUGCAGGAAUGGCGUGUGGCCAAUAGGAAUACUGCUAAUCAGGAUGUGACAUCAGGAUGUGGCGUAUUUGGGAAGAAGAAAAAGCAGUGUAAAGACAAGUACCUGGCCAAGCAUAGUGCAAUCUUUGAUCGCCUGGAUCUAGUCUCAUAUGAAGAAGUCGUACAGCUCCCUGCAUUCAACAGAAAGACCCUGGUGCUUCUUGGAGCCAAUGGAGUUGGGAGAAGUCACAUCAAAAAUGUUCUGAUUACCAAACACUCAGACAAGUUUGCAUACCCAAUUCCACACACCUCAAGGUCACCAAAGAAAGAUGAAGAAGAUGGAAAGAACUACUACUUUAUUUCCAAUGAGGACAUGGUGAAGAACAUUACCUCUAAUGAAUUCCUGGAAUAUGGAAGCUUCCAAGGGGCCAUGUUUGGAACAAAGCUGGAGACAAUCCGUAAGAUCAACGAAGGACAGGGCAAAAUUGCAGUGGUGGAUAUUGAGCCCCAGGCCCUGAAGGUUCUCAGAACGGCAGAGUUCGCACCACUGGUGGUUUUCAUUGCUGCUCCCUCUGCUACUCAGCCAGGCACUCAGGCUGAAUCUCUCAAGAAGAUCCAAAAGGAGUCGGAAAUCCUACAGCAAACAUAUGGUCAUUGGUUUGACCUGACACUGGUUAACAAUGAACUGGAAGACACAGUGCAAAAUCUGGUGGAGGCGAUUGAAAGUGCAUGCACUACAGCACAAUGGGUACCCGUUUCAUGGGUCUAUUAGUGGACUGUUGCAGAAUGGGUGCAGCAAAUAAAAUGUACUUUUUAAAGAAUUCAUUUAACCCAAAAUCAGAAUGUAGUUUGGAGCCUUGUCAUUUAUAACUAAAACCACCUCCAUUAGCUUUUUAGAAGACUUCAUUCAAUUGAUACAUCUUUCUCCAGUCAUCAAAUUUUAUAUACUUUAAAAGAAGUGACUGUUAAGUAAUGGGAGAUUUGCAAUCGUAUUACUCACGAUGUUGGCUGACUUGCCUACUACAAAGCUUACAUUUGCUUUAAAUAACUUUCCUACAACCUCUUGUAUGUAACCCUUUAAUGUACCUGGCCCAGCAUUUAAACUCCUCCACAACACCACUGUACUGAAUGACUAUGUUAUUCUGUGUUCAUUCUGUAUUUAAUAUUGCAGCAUUUGCACAAGAUAGAGAACAAUAAAGCAUCACUAUUCCACCAGCAGGUAUUCAAGAAUGGGACAUGCAGGUGAUUAGGCUGAUGAAUAUUGUCAAGAAAAUUCAGAAUAUGUUAUCAGUCCACACGUGAACUGCAACGGGGAAUGGUGCAAGAUAUAUUCAGGCACGUCACGUCUACCUUUUCACCAUAGUACAACCAAGAUUCACAUCUAUAAGUAUCUAUAAAGAUAAGUAUUAAGUGUUCCAAAUCCUCUAAGUCAACUUGAAAUUAUGCAAGAUAUUAGGUGCUAAACAUAACUGCAAGAUUACACCAUAUAAUGCUAUGUAAUUUUCUCAUCCAAAUGGAAAUGCUUAUUGAAUAAAUGCAUUUACCUCAGUGAA